AUGUCGAAACGAAGUAAAAAAAAAGUUGAAAUAGAUUCUCCAGUUUUGCCAAAGACACAAUUUGGUAAAAUAACACACAAAAAUGAAAUAUCAACCGCAAUGGAAGUUGAUGAAAAAAUAUUGGAACGUCGAAUUUAUCUUCCUGGACAAAAAUUAGAGAAAGACGAAGUUCUUGAAGCUGAUCAAUCGGUAUAUGAAAUGCUGCAUUCCAUGAGUGUUAAAUGGCCAUGUCUAAGUUUUGAUAUUUUGCAUGAUAACUUGGGAGAAGAUAGAAAAAUGUAUCCAGCAACAGUAUAUCUUGUUGGAGGAACACAGGCAGAUAAACCAAAAAAUAAUGAAUUAAUGAUAAUGAAAAUAUCUCAAUUACAUAAAACACGAAACAAUCCUAUCUUGGAACAUAAGAGCCUAAAACAUUAUGGAGGUGUAAAUCGCGUUAGGGCUAUGCCACAAGAACAUAGUUCUAUUGUAGCUACUUGGUCAGAUACUGGUAAAGUUCAUAUAUGGGACAUAAAGCCAGCAUUAGAUAGCAUAGAAAUAGCUGGUAAACAAAUACCAUCAAAUGCAUCAAAGCCAUUAUACACAGUGGAAACUCAUAGUGCUGAGGGAUUUGCCAUGGACUGGUCACGGACUGUAACUGGAAGAUUAAUAACUGGUGAUAUGCGUUCAAAUAUAUAUCUUACAACGAAGUCUCAAUCCACAUUUAAAGCAGAUUUCGUGCCGUUUGUAGGACACACGGCAUCGGUAGAAGACUUACAAUGGUCGCCAUCAGAAAAUAGCGUGUUUGCGAGUGCGUCUGUUGAUAAAACAAUAAGAAUAUGGGAUAUAAGAAAAAAGAAAGAUGCUUUAUGUGUUAAAGCACAUGAUACAGAUGUUAAUGUCAUUACUUGGAAUAGAAAAGUUGAAUACUUAAUUGCGUCUGGAUCAGAUGAUGGUAUUAUAAGCAUAUGGGAUUUACGAACAUUUGUAAACAAUAAUACAAAACCUAUACCAGUUGCAUCAUUCAAAUGGCAUUCAGCCCCAAUUACUUCAAUUGAAUGGCAUCCAACAGAAGAAUCAGUAUUGGGUGUAUCUGGAGCCGAUGAACAAAUAACCAUAUGGGAUCUUUCAGUUGAAAAUGACCCCGAAGAAGAUUCUUCAAACAAAAUUGUUGGCAACAAUGGUGUCACUAUUCCUUCACAAUUAUUAUUUAUUCAUCAGGGACAAAAUGACAUCAAGGAAUUACAUUGGCAUUCACAAAUUUCUGGUUGUAUGAUAUCAACAGCUGCUUCAGGAUUUAAUAUAUUUAAAACUGUUUCUGUAUAA